CAACAGGAAAUAAAAAGAAGAAGAAGAAGAGAGAGAGAGCAUAAAACAAAUGUACAAAUCUUGUAGACAAGUCCAAAUGUACGAAGACAGGCUGAACAGAAUACACACAAAAUUAGAAACAAAAAGCACCAAAUGGAUUUAAUUUCAUGCUUUCAAAAACAUAACCUAAAAAAGUCGGACUUUGAAGCUCGGGAACAAAACUUUCACAGGGAAGGAUCUUGGUUACGGAAGCUUUUUACUGGGUUGUGUCUACUGAUAGUUAUGUGUUUUCUGGUUAUAUGGUCUUAUAUGGGAAAUGAAAGAAAGAAAAGCCCUCCGCCCAGCUUUUUGUCUCAGCACUGUGCAGAGCGCCAUGACUCUUCAAACUCCAGCUCUCCUGCAGCAGUCAAUUCAGAAGUCUCAGUAACUUAUAAAUCUCAAUCUCAGUCACCAAUAAAUUCUUUUUAUUCUGAAUUAGGAAUCAGUUCAGAUUCCUACUCCAGGUUACAGCAGGCUGUUAAAUGGGCAGAGCCAGACAGAUCAAUCACAAAUGUGUCCAUGAGUACUAGUCCAGCUCACACCACAUUCAUCAUAGCGAACCUGAAAGACAGCUACCAAAUUGGAGAGGAACUUUUAGUUUUAGUGCAUGCAAAGGAUUUUGAUAAUAAGUCUAAAAGUUAUGGAGGCGACUUUUUUCAAGCCAAGCUGUUCUGGUCUAAAACUAAGGCCAGUGUGUUUGGGGAGGUGCGGGACCUGCUCAACGGCUCGUACUCUGUGCGUUUCCUCCUGCCGUGGGUCGGUGAGGCUCAGGUGGCUGUGCGUCUCAUUCACUCCAGUGAAGCUGUGCAGGUCCUGAAGCGUCACAGAGAUACUAACUCUGAUAGAGUGUACUUUAAUGGAUAUUAUGAGGGACCAGGACCAAAUAAGACCAGGUUGAGUGAAACGAUGAAGUGUAAUGUGAAGUGGGACAAGAAUGGACUAGAGAGAACGGGAACAGGAGACUGUUGCUGUGAAUACAAAGAUCCCCGUACUGGAGAAACAUGGCGCUGUCAGAGACCCAAAUCACUGCCAUGCAGUGCCCUUGUGUACCACUCUAUGGGUGGUUAUAAAAACCAUUUGACUAAUAAUGACAAGAUGCUUAUGACACAAACUAAUAAAGGUAUCAAUGGAGAUAAGAGCAUCAUCAAAAUUUUUCAUCAUCAGAAUGAUACUAAUGACAUAACAGAAAAAUGUCGUCCUGGUUUACACACUCCAGUCCCAGCCGGGUUUUACCUGAAUGAUGUGUGGACGUCUUUUGUCUGUAGCACAAGACAUUUUACAACCCAAACGACAACAGAGUGCCUGAGAGACAAACACAUCUACAUGAUGGGAGACUCGACUUUGAGGCAGUGGUUUGAGUUCUUUGUGAAAGAAGUACCAACGCUGAAGCAGAUGAACCUGCAUGUCCAAUAUCAGUCAGGGCCGCUCCUAGCAGUGGAUGUGGAGAACAACAUUGACUUACACUGGAGGGCUCACGGUGUUCCUCUGCGCUGUAUGAAAACAGCAAUUGCUAAUCUGCACUACAUCAGUAAUGAGAUCGAUGACCUGGCAGGAGGACCCCACACGGUCAUUAUAUUCAAUCUGGGGCCCCAUUUCACCACGUACCCUCUGGAGUUCUUCACCCAGAGAGUGUUGAGGAUCCGCAAAGCUGUUCUAGCAUUGUUACAGCGGGCCCCUGACACUACUGUUAUAAUCAAGACUGUCAACACUGGCUAUAAGGAUAUUUUCGGCAGUGACUGGUAUUCUCUACAGUUGGACAGAAUUCUGCGGUGGGCUUUUCAGGAUGUUGGUGUUUAUAUUUUGGAUGUGUGGCAAAUGACAGCCUGUCACUACAACAAAGAAGACAUCCAUCCAGGCCCUGUCAUCAUCAAAAAUGAGAUUGACAUUUUACUCUCUUUUAUUUGCAAGAAUUAAUUUAAAAGAUUUUACUAGAGGGCUACUAUAGGGGUCAAAAUAGAACUUUAGUAAAAUAUAAGAGUAAAUAACUCAAUUGUAAUUAAAUUUUAUUUAAAAAUUACAGUUGUAGCUAGACAGUUGCCUAUGGCUAUGAUUGCACUACUAAAGUUGUCUGUUUGAUUUUAUAAAUUUUUACUUCAAUAAAACCAAGGAUUAGUUUUUGUAAGGGUUGUGAUGUCCACGUUUUUGUUGAAAAAAUUAUAGAGUCUAGCAUUUCUAUCACAAAGAAUGCCAAAAAUUAAAGAUUAAGUGGAUAUUUUAAAGGGGGGGUGAAAUGCUCGUUUUCACUCAAUAUCCUGUUAAUCUUGAGUACCUAUAGAGUAGUACUGCAUCCUUCAUAACUCCAAAAAGUCUUUAUUUUUAUUAUAUUAAUAAGAGAAAGAUAGUCUGUACCGAUUUUUCCCGGAAAAACACGAGCGCCUAGAGGCGUGACGUGUGGGCGGAGCUAAAGAAUCACGAGGGCCAGUAGGCUUUUGAGUUGAGAGCAUGUGGAAGCUGUGACACAGAUCCAGAGGCUGAAAUUGAACGAGCAGAAUCUGCAAAGGCGGUAUGCUAUGUGUAUGUACUGAAACUGUAUAUAUUUGCUUAGCGGUUUUGGAAAAUGACUAAGUUCCACUUUAUGUCGUCUUUUUUUUCUUCUUCUUUUUUUUUAAGCUGUACAUGUGGAAAGUGCAGUUUGAUGACAACAUCGCAUGUUGUUUACUUGAUGUGCUUAUGAGCUGAUAGCUAAGUUAACAACACAGAGAUAUUUGAAGCAGUUUUACUCACCGCAUGUGGUUCCAACACACAAUCCUGACCCUUUUCCGUUGGGACUGCAUUAUCCUUAAGAAAUAAACGAUGUGCAAUCCGAAAUGCAGGGAACAAACAAAAAUACUUGCACAACUCCGUUGAUGCUCUGUAAAAAUAAACUCCAUCCACUGGUCCCUUAAUGCUGUUUCUCUUUUGGUAAUCUGUGCAGGGUUGUCUUGCCCUGGCAACCAAAAACACACUUCUUUUGUGACUUUUCGCGACGCUCUCGCUCUGAUCAGGCUGUGCACAGCCUCUCUCUGCUCUGCUAUACUGGAGCGCGCGCUCUGCACUUAGGACCCAUAUAAGGAAAUUCCGCUCCAUCUAACGUCACACAGAGCCAUACUCGAAAAAAACUUUCCGAAACUUGUGACAAACCGGAAGAGGUUUUUUUGGAACAAAAAUACUCCUUCAAGCGUACAACUUAAUUUUGGAAACUUUGUCCAUGUUUAGCAUGGGAAUCCAACUCUUUAACAGUGUAAAAAACUCAGUAUGCAUGAAAUAGCAUUUCACCCCCCCUUUAAUUAAAUGUUUGGUCAAUAUUAAACAAGGAUUUGAUCAUCCUGUUACAACAGCAAUUAUCAGGCCUUUGGCACCCUUUGCAGGUAUUUGUAAUAAUAGCCUAUGUAAUGUACAUAAAUUGUUAAUUUUGUAUUAAAUUAUGUAUUUUAAAAGUUUUAUGGAAUCAGUUAACCAAUCUUUAUUGCCUAAUUGUUUUUUAUAAUGCAUUUUAUGGCAAGGUUGUUCGCUUAGAUCUGUUUUUAUUACCACAAAAAUAUUAUCUGAAUACUUAGUAAAUUAUUAUUUGAAGUAAUUUGAAGUAUCAAAGCCAUGGUUCAUUUCCAUUGCUACAAGAACCAUUUUUUUUUUGUAGUAGUAGUAAAAUUAUGGUUAUUAUUUGUAAGGGAACAUGGAAACUUUAAGAGAAUAUUAAGGCAGAUGAAGUCUUGUGUAACCAGAUCUUCAGGCUGAAGGUCUGGUAUUCAUGGCAGCUUUCAUUGACCGACAUGUCCAACAACCAAUCACAGUUUUCGUUUUGUUUCGUUCAUCGUCAUGUUUCGAGGCAUGGAAAUGUCGCCACAACAACAGACCCGUGUGUAAAACUCUCGGACAUAUUUGAAAGAUUCUAUGCCGUGACCUUUAAAUAUUUCACAUACUUUUGAAAAUCUGGGAAUGGCGCAUCACAUGUACUUCCCCUGUGUAGCCUACUGUCUUCAUCAGGGGUGGGCAAAAAUGGGCAAAAAUGUAACCAUUUCUAACACAAGGAAAGUUUCAAGGUUUAAUUUAGAUUCAUCUAUUUGUUCACAAGGAAGCUUUCCAGUUUCAAAAACAUCAUACCUAUAAUAAACUUAACGCCCCUAUAGGAAACGAAGAACGAACUGCCACAUUAGACCGAGGUAAGCUAUACUCGGUGGAGGGGAACAGGCACGAAACCCAUUUCAGUUCCUUGUAUGGUAGCACUAGUUUCACAAGCCGACCCUGCGCCGAAAGGUAACGUACAAAAACGAAUGGCUGCGAUGUAUUAUGCAAUAUCUUCACAAAAUGCUGAUCAUCAACCUUGCCCAUCAAAGAAACAAAACCCUCAAACACGAAAGGUUUGAAACAGUCCUCAGUAUCAUCGGCCAGAUCAGAGAAAGUUGGAGUUAGACAGCUAGACAUGGUUUUAAGCAAUACCACUGCUCAAGACUGACUUACCACAUCCUGUCGUGUUUGUUUUCUCUUCAGACUAUAGCAGUCAGCCGUAGUGUGUCCUACUUUAUGACAGUAACUGCAUUGUCUCCUGAAUUUCAACCCUGAAGACUUUACUUACAUAACAUUUUCUUUUCUGGUUCCGACUGGUGUCUAACAAACACAGUUUUAUGCAUCAAGGUGUAUUCAUCUGCAAAAUAGCAGCCUGUUGCACAGUAGUCACUUUUUGUUUGUUCAAAUAAUUCUGGAACAGUUUAUAAACUCAAUAAAAAAAUCAAUAAGUAAAAGUCUGUGCAAAGAAUUAUAAUCACUAACCUUGAAUGCUCUAAUCCAUCUGUCAAAUAAUACACACUUUUCCCAAGCAAAUUCAACAAAUGUUUCAGAAGCGGAUUUUUUAGUUACUCAAAAACAUUGUCUAUAGUGCUCCGGCACCAACUCGUAUGCUUGCAUACUUUACUGCCUCAUUUUAAAUGCUCUCCUCCAAAGAUAGUGAAGCACACACUUCCUAAGCUUUCCCAGUGAGCUUACACAUUUUAAAGCCAUAGCUAUGCUCAAAAGCCUGAAAGUAUGCUUCAACCACUUUCUCUCGAAAAGGCGGCACUAAGGAAAUAUUAUUUGCCACAUUAAAUGGCACUGCUAACGGAGAAUCAUUCGAUACAGACAUCGACGUGGACACAGGAUUAUUACAGAAAUCAGUAGAAACAGCAACAGAGUUCACAUGACCAAUAGGAUCUACAUAUGAACUACUUUCUAACCUGGUCUCUUCUUGUUUUACCUGUAAUUCCAACUGUCAUAACCAAAUUCUAGUAUCUGCCUCGAUAUGAUGUUUAUCCAAUUGAUGUUGAAACUCAUCUCUUUGUGCUUGAGCUUUUUCGUAGGCCUCCAACUGCAGUGGAGCUUACUGGGAGGUAAUGGAUAUAUCAGUAGAAAGUAACAAAGGCUAAAAUUUUGGCAUAGACAAUGAUGACCUUACCUUGCGAGCAUCUAAUGGAGCAACAGGACCUACUAGAGACUCUAUAACAGCAGCUGAUGGUUCCUCCUGUUCUGUUAAUUCAGCAUCAGGUAACCCCCCUUUUUCAAUAAGACCAGCCAGCAAACAAGCCUUUACCACCUUUUUAAGUAAUCCUCUAGAAACAAGUAUCUCAUAAUGCUGAGCAAAAAUGAUCAAAUCAUCCUUUGGAUAGUUGUCAAUUUUUUCAAAACUUGGUUGCUUAAUAAAGUUUUUCAUCUCAAACGUUGCCAUUACUUACUGCUGCGUUUACAUAAGAAUCAAACAAGCACAUCUCAGACUUAACUUCCUACUCACAAUACUAGCUACAACCUUCCUAGUGUUCAGAGGGUUAACAGUUAAGAGAUAAAUCUCUUCCCUGGAGUACAUCCAAAAAUAAAACAAAAAACUCAAAACAAAAAAACAGUAAUCUGAUGGAAAGUCCCCACUAAACAUGGUCAGGUUACUCUGACUAACCAAAGCAUUUACUUACUUCAUCCCUACAAUGCAAUCCAAUUAUCAGGACGAGCCCCCGUUUUAUGUUACAACCUCUCAUUAAAUGGCUCAGAAAAAAGAGACAGAUUAUGUAACAUAAACAAGAAUGAGUGUGAUGUAACUGUUCAAGAAUAUUUAUUCACUCACUUAAUGUAACGUAACAGUUGAGACAAGCUUAUCAACCAAUUAGGGACAACAACUGACAAGAAAGAGAGAGAGAGAGAGAGAGAAAAAAAAACAGAACACACAGGAUAAGACACAGAGACGCUCUUUGCUGGUUCGUCCACAAUAAGUUGUCGGCUCUCCUUUUCUCUUCUUCUUCUGGCUUUUUAUGGUGUUUGGCAAACAAACGAAAAGGUGCAUUCACCCUACUGAGCUGGAGUGUGAUUCAUUAAUGGAAAAAGAAGAAAGACUAAUCUGACAAAAAAAAAAAAACAACCUAUUAAUAAAUUGGUUUCUAAAUCCUAUUAAACAGAUGCACCUCUCUUAAAUAUUUCAUUAAUGCUUUAUAUGCUCUUCAACCUUCCAAUCCAUUAUUCAGCUGUUUUUUAAGUGUAAUAUUUAAUAUACACUUUUCUUUUAACUCUUCCACCAGGAUUAUCCUUUCAUUUUGAUAAGUGCAAUAUAUUGAUACAUGCUCUACAGUUUGCAAUUCCCAGACUCAUGUUUGUUUAUUUUAUACAGGGAAUAAUUAAGAACUGUAUACCCAAGUCGAAGCCUGGUAAUGAUUGUGUUUUCUCUUCAACUGUCACAACUUUCUCUUUCACCACCAAUUUUAUUUUGAAUCUGAUAAAGAUGUCUUCCUUUUUCCUCCUCAUUUCUUUGUACUUGCCAAUUGCAUUUUAUAGCUGUUACGCCUUAACUUCUUCAUUACAAUGUGGAAUAUUACAUUAUAUAGAAGAUAAUUUCAGCGCCUCCUUUGCUAGAUGAUCCACUUCCUCAUUUCCAUCUACUCCCACAUGUGCUGGAAUCCACAGGAAACAUAUCUUACUUCCUAAUGUAUUUACCCUGUAUAUACUUAAACAGAAUUUUAUACAGAAUAUCUUGUCUUGAGCAUCUCCCACUAAUCAGACUUGGUAAUACUGAGAAAGAAUCUGAGCAUAUCAUCACAUUCACUGGUCGAGAACUCUCCAUCCACCGUUACCAAUACCCUUUUACCAAUUUUAACUUGAUAAUGUGGGAUAUUGGCCUUGGCAUGGAGCCUUAUAACCCCCCCCCCCCCCCCCCCCCCCUUAAAAAAUACUUGGGAAGUGGAGUCCUCCUUGGGCUGGACUCAGGGACUGGAGCCUCUCUAGGCUAAACUUGGGGACUGGAGUACACAAUGAGGAACACCUGAAAUCAAUAAACAAUCAAAAUGAUAGUGAAACUGGGUCAUGGAGCAUGUGAGGGGAAGAAAACACAGGACUGACACUCACUCUCUGUCAUUCCAAACCUGCAAAUGUAAUUUUCAAAAAACCAAUUAAGAUAUUUUAAAUGAAAACAAAGUUUUCUGUCCUUCCAUCGACAGUCUACACAGCUAAGACUUUGACACUUCAAGAAGUUCAUAAAGAGAUCAAAAAAACUAAUCCAAAUGCAUUGAAAGAUUUAGUCCACAUUUUCUGAAGAGACUUGAUCGCUUUAUACAAUGAACAGAUUUUUUUUUCUUCUUCUCACAUUUAAAAAUUAAACAGGGAAUAUAAACAGAAAAACACAAAAUUUUUAAUAAACCACAUGGUACGUAUGGAUUAGUUCUCUAUAGAUUAGAUCUCUGUAUGAUAUUUUUAAAAUCUCAAAAUGGUGGAUGGUCAUUCAAGGGACAGAAAUCUUAUAUUUUAUGCAAAUAUCUUCAAUUGUGUUUCAGAGAUAACAAAAGUCUUGGGUGAGUAAAAAAUUGAAUUUUUUAAAUAACCAUGUAAUAAAAGAAUAUGGCCAUAUGCAUCUUGUGUCUGUUGACUUGUGCAUCACCCAAGAUGUGUGUUAAUGCUAGGUGUGAACAGAGCCACUGUGUGACUUCACAAUCAACUUAGCAGAAUGGUUCCUUAAAAAAGAUAUCAUUGACAUCAUUAUUUUUUUUUCAUCAAGAAGCCAAGUUCCUAGCUUCUAUCAAGACCUUAAAGGACCCUACUGAUCUCGGAAUCAGCUGUAAAGGAGGAUGAAAUCGAUGUAUAAGAAUAGGAAAGCAAUAUUGCAUAAAUUUGUCUCCUACUUCAUUUGAUUCCACCAUCACCACAAGGGACCUGGAAAAAUGACCUCCUAUCAAGCUGAAAACAUCUUCAAAAAGUAUCUUCAUGCCCUUUCAAACCACAUUUUUUGUGGUUGACCCCAUGCAAGGUUCAAAUGAAGUUGAGGACUCCAAACAGGCUGGCUACAAAUUUGGACAGUAUUUCAAGUAUUGCGUCGUAAUAGACUGUCAAAGAAAGACUGGGUUAACAUCAAGUGGCAACCCGGAAAAAUAACCCACACCUUCCAAAAAGAUUGUACCAGUUGUGGAGUCUUUGUGAUGCAGAUGGCCAAGAUGACGGUGAUGGAAUUACCGAACAUUCCAGAAAUGUUUGACAUUGACCCAUCAAAACAAUCUGUACAAAAUCUAAGAAGAGACAUGGCUGAGGAAAUUCUAAAUGGAUCAGGAAGAUUUCUGUUCCUACUGUGGAAAAGAGGACUUGCCAAAACCAGUGGAUGCUGUUUGGAUUCAGUGUGGAACAUGUGCAAGAUGGUUCCACACACAGUGCCUUGGAAUGACAGAAACACAAAUACCAAAGGGAAGUCGUGGCCUAAUGGUUAGAGGGUUGGACUCCCAAUCGAAGGGUUGUGAGUUCUAGUCUCGGGCCGGACGGAAUUGUGGGUGGGGGGAUUGCAUGAACGGCUCUCUCUCCACCUUCAAUACCACGACUUAGGUGCCCUUGAGCAAGACAUUGAACCCCCAACUGCUCCCCAGGCGCCGCAGCAUAAAUGGCUGCCCACUGCUCCGGGUGUGUGCUCACAGUGUGUGUGUGUGCAUUUCGGAUGGGUUAAAUGCAGAGCACAAAUUCAGCAUACUUGGCUGAAUUUCACUUCACUUUUUUUUGUGUGUUGUGCGAAAGCCCCAAAUAGAGAAGCUCUAGGGCAGUGUGAUUCUCAUUACUAUUAUCUCUUGUUGAUCUCUGUAAAAGUGUCAAAGUGCAAAGGUUGUACUUAAACCAGCAAGGCUUCAUGUGUGUGUUAAAUGAAGUUGAAAGUAUUAAAGUGUAUAACAGUGACAUGGACCCACUUUAUAUUAAGUGGCCUUAACUACUAUGUACUUACAUUUUAAUUAAUAAUUUAGUACAAUGUACAUAUUGUGUACAUGUUUUUACAUUGUACUUAUAUUUAAAAAAAUGACAUGUAAUUACAUCAGUAUUUAAUUUCUGUGAUUACAUUUAUAAUUACACUGUUGACCCAUACUUUACACCUUAACCCACCCUUAAACUUACCCAUACCUCCAUCCCUCUCCCUAACCUUACCCCUAUCCCACCUCAACAGCAGCAAAAGUGUUUUACAAUACAGUAUGAACACAAUAAGUACAUUGUACUUAUUUUUUGAUGUAAGUACAUAGUAGUUAAGGCCACCUAAUAUAAAGUGGGACUAGUGACAUUAAUAAAACAGAGUUAAUACAACUGUGAAAUCCUUAUAUAUUUUUUAUACCAUAUAAAUUAUGCAAAAGCACAUUUUGUCAACCUAACCAGCAGGAGAGAACCUAACCAACAGUGAUGUGAGAACAGUAUUUCCUGAAAGUACAAUGUGUUACAGUGAAGUUACUGGACAUUUUUAAUUUGAAAAAGAAUAAAAUUUUUGCAAAGUG